AUGACAGACUCAAUCGCCGCGGCCAAACUAGCCCUUUAUAUCAUAUUGGCUCAACCUGCCAUAUACUGCCUCUUCAAACAUGGAAAAACUGGUUUUAUUGGCUGGUUAUACGUGCAAAUCUUUUGCGUCCUCCGAAUCACCACAGGCGGUAUUGGUCUUCACGGCGCCAGUAGCUCUACCGGAACAGUUAUUCUCAACAGUAUUGGUCUUUCACCUUUACUGCUCGCAGCUUCUGGUAUCUUGCACGAAGCUCGACGAGCCACAAAUCCUCGACUUAAUCGACGGUUCGAUAUUGUCCUUGAAGUUCAGUAUCAUGCUUUGGUUGGUGCCGCUAUGGCACUCAUCAUCGUGUCGGUGAUCAAUCUCCAAAAAGGCAAAGAUGUUUCAAAGAACGAGACUCUUCUCCAUGUUGCAUCUGCAAUUAUCGCACUAGCAUGGGUUUUGCUUGCUGUCUGGUCCUUGUGGUCCCUUGGCAAAACUAGAUCAUCUAGAAACGGCGCCGUACCUUCUCUCCGUGAUGGUAUGCUGCUCUUGUAUGCAGUCUUCAUCGCUCUUCCCCUUCUUGGUCUCCGCCUCAGCUACGCGAUUGCCUUUCUCCAACUCCAGAUCUCAAACCCAAGCUCAGGUUUCCUGUCUUCAAAAGCAGUCGAAGUGUGUCUUGGCCUGGUACCUGAGCUACUAGUCACAGUUAUCUUUGUUGCUGUUGGUGUCAAGACUCGGAAUAUUAAACAUGAUAUCAAGAAGCUGGACUUUUCGAAGCCCAUUGGAGAAAACCACGAAUUUCGAGGUCAGACUGCACAUGCUUAG